AUGCAGCAGAAACCAGGGACCUCCAACCAGACCAAUGACUCAGCAAUGAACACUUACAAGCAACUGUCGGAAAUAACCAAGGACAUUGUGAGAGCUCAAAGAAAGAAAGCCGAGAGGAGCCACUCUUCAGAUGAGAAGUUACGUCAUCACGGUUCGCAGUGGGAAACCAGAAGUACUCCUCAGUCUGGGAGGGUUUCUGACCUGGAGCAGCAGGUGUGGAUCUUUCGUGGUCAGGGCCUUGUGGUGGUUCCAUGGAGCAGCAACAUAGCCCCAGUCACCAUCACGGUCCUCCCAUGCAAGUAUCCAGAGUCUCUGGAGCAAGGCAAAGGGAUUCCCAUCUACAUGGGAAUCCAGAAUCCAGACAAAUGCCUGUUUUGUGAGGAAGUUGAUGGACAGCCCACUUUGCAGCUCAAGGAGGAGGAGAUUUUGGAUUUGUACAACCAUCCUGAGCCCAAGAAGCCCUUCCUGUUUUACCAUACCCGGACGGGCAGAACGUCCACCUUUGAGUCAGUGGCUUUCCCUGGCAGCUUCAUUGCAUCCUCCAAGAGUGGCGAGCCCAUCUUCCUCACAUCAGAACAGGGGAAAUACUACAACAUUAACUUCAAUUUAGAUAUAGGGCCUUGA